AUGGUAAACUGGGUUCAGGAAAUUGCGUUUUCUGGUUUUGCUGCUUGUUGUUGUCGCCCCCUGCUCCUGCUUGCUGUCGCUGCUCGUUGCAGUGCCACUGGUGGUUCUCCGACCUCCGCGGAUCAUUUCAUUCUCUCCUACAUUCGUGAUUCAACCAUUGAUGGCAACCUUUAUUAUAACACUAAUCAAGGAGGAGGGGAAACAUUUUCAACUAUAGGAUUUAAGAGCUGGAACAAAAAGGGUGGUCUUGACAAACAUAUUGGUCUACCGAAUAGCAUACAUAAUCGGUCAAAAAACAAAUGUCAAGAUUUACUACGACAACAACAGUCUAUUCAAUUUGCAUUUGAGAGGCAAUCUAAUCAACUCAAGCAUGGAUAUUUGAUGCCCUUAAUUGCGUCGGUUGAUGUAGUAAGACUUCUCAUAAGUCGGGGAUUUGCAUUUCGAGGUCAUGAUGAAUCUAAAUCAUCACUUAGUAGGGAUAAAAUUCUCUCAUGGCAUGCAAAAAAAUAUGAUAAAAUUCGUAAUUAUGUUUUGGAACAUGCUCCUUCAAAUGAUCAAAUGACUUCUCCAAUGAUUCAAAAAGAUAUUGUGAGUGCAUGUAAGAUAGAGACCGUUAAAGCUAUUCUUGAGGAAUUAAAUGGUGACUACUUUGCUUUACUAGUUGAUGAAUCAUUUGAUGUGUCACACAAGGAGCAAAUGGCUAUUGUAUUUCGAUAUAUUGAUAGAAAGGGAUUUGUAAUGGAGCGACUUAUUGACAUUGUUCGUGUUCAAGAUACUAGUGCUCCAUCUUUAAAGGAGGCAAUUUUUAAUUUACUUGCUCAACAUUCUUUGAGUCCAUCAAGUGUGCGUGGACAAUGUUACGAUGGGACAAGUAAUAUGCAAGUGUUUUGCAAUAUCAUUGAUUGGCAACUUCAAGAACUUAAUGAUCGUUUUGAUGAGGUGACUACCGAUUUGCUCCAUGGAAUUGCUUGCUUGAAUCCAAUUAACUCAUUUUCAAGUUUUGACUUAAGAAAAGUAAUGAGAAUGGCUGAAUUAUAUCCAGAUGACUUUGAUGAAUCCAAUAUGAGUAUUCUUGAGAAUCAACUUGCAAGUUAUAUUAUUGAUGUUCACGAUGUUGAUGAAAGGUUCUCCGAUCUAAAUGGUCUUUGUAAUCUUUCCAAAAGAUUAGUCAAGACAAAGAAACAUUCAAAUUAUCCUCUGGUAUUUCGCUUAGUGAAACUUGCUCUACUCUUACCAGUUGUCACUGCCUCUGUUGAAAGAGCUUUUUCGGCAAUGAAGUUUAUCAAGAAUGAUUUGCGGAGUCAAAUGAGUGAUGAUUUUUUUAGUGGUUGUUUGGUGCCUUAUUUAGAAAAAGAUGUAUUUGAUAAUAUUUCUAAUGAUGUUAUUAUUAAGACAUUUCAAGAUAUGAAACCUCGUAGAAUACAAUUGUAA